UCUUAUCUCCGCCAAUAUCUUAUCUGCAUAUUGGUGAAGAAAAGAAAGAAAAAAAAUCGUUGGAAGGAUCAUGGAGGGAUGCAUCGAUCCCGUCAUCGAUCACCCAACUAGCCGAAGCUGCAGCUCUCCGUCCCGACCAAUCAACCAAUGGACGGGAAGCCAACGAAAACUUCAAUUAUGAAUUUUAUAACAUAAACAAAAGCCCAAUUCCAACUCAAAAAUGCCGCCCCGGUGCCCCUCGAGCACAGGAAUCCUCCUGCCCUUCUUAUACCCCUCGCUCUUCCGCACCGCCCCCCGCAAAUCCCUCCAGCUCUCCAUCCCGCACCGAGCCGCCCUCACAAUCCUCCACUCGACCUCCGCAGACACCCCGUCCCCAGGGUCUACCUCAACCGACACCUCGCCCUCCGAAUCCAGCUCCUCACUUCCUGCCUCACGUCUAAACCCCCCACCAGACGACUACGCGCAAUCGACAUUCGCAGACAAAGCGCGCGUGACAGUGCACGCCGGAAGCGGUGGUCAUGGCUGCAUCUCGUUUCUGCGAGAAGCGUACCUAGCGGAAGGACCCGCGAACGGCGGCGACGGCGGACACGGGGGCAACGUGUACAUCCAAGCCGUGCACGGGGAAACCUCUCUGCACAAGCUAGCGCGGCGACGGGUCCUCCGCGCCGGCCGGGGCAAAACCGGCCAAGGCAGCGCGCGGGGCGGGUCGCGGGGCGAUGACAUGGUGAUCCAAGUGCCCGUGGGGACAGUGGUGCGGGAAAUAGGACGCAUCGACCCCGUCGUAGAGGAACGGCUGCAUUUCAAGGCGGCGCGGGAGAAGGAGCGGGAGUACGAGCGGUUGGUGCGGGAGGUGGAGGCGAAGAAUGCGGAGCUGGAGGAUGUGGAGGGUGCGAUUCGCGCGGAGAUGCCGGAGAUGCCUGAGCGCCCGCACUUGAAUAAGUUUAUUUUGUACCCCGGGAUCUCGGAGACUGAGAAACGCGCUAUAUUGCUGCCUCGCUUACCCAGGCGCGAGCGGUUGUUCGUGCAGCCCGAUGGCCCGAUACACCUGGACUUAUCGACGCCGACGCCGCGGCCGAUUCUCAUAGCUGCGGGUGGGAUAGGCGGGUUAGGGAACCCGCACUUUGUGUCGAAAGAGCGGCCGCGACCACUAUUCGCCACGAAGGGCGAGCGAGCCGUGACUAUGCAACUCGAGCUCGAGCUAAAGCUUCUCGCCGACGUGGGUUUAGUCGGGUUGCCCAACGCCGGUAAAUCGACUCUUCUACGCUCCUUAACUAACAGCCGCGCGCGCGUCGGAAACUGGGCUUUCACAACGCUACAACCGAACAUCGGCACCGUCGUGCUCGACAACCACAAAGGGCGUCCGAUACCCGUCCCCAAGCCCUCACACCCAGCGCCCCACUCCGUGAUCCACGACGCGCAAUACGGCUCCGUAGUCCUAUCCCGCCAACCGGACCACUACUCUCUCCACACACCAGGCCCCGAGCCACGAACACGGUUCACAGUCGCCGACAUCCCCGGCCUAAUCGAAGGCGCGCACCUCGAUCGCGGCCUCGGCGUCGCCUUCCUGCGACACGUCGAGCGCGCCGGCGUCCUCGCCUUCGUCAUCGACUUGAGCGCCGGCGACGCCGUCGAAGCCCUAAAAGCGCUAUGGACCGAAGUAGGGCUCUACGCGCGAAUGCGCGAAGAAGAGGAGAAAGAGCGGGAGAUCGGGAGCCGGAUCGAUUGGGAAGGCGACGGCAGUCGCUCACCGAUGAUGAAUUACGGGGGCCAGAUGAUCGUCGCAGACUUACCCGAGGCGGAUACUAGUGGGGAAGGCGGACUGCAUAUUGCGGCGAAACCAUGGUUCGUGGUUGCUACGAAGGGCGAUUUGCCCGGAACCCAGGAGAACUACGCGCGGCUGAAGGAGUACCUCGACGCUGUGACGGACCGGCGAGAGCCGCAUCCGAGUAUGGUUGAGGGUGCGUGGAUAAGCGACUGUGCUGCGAUACCCGUGAGUGCUAUCCACGGACAAGGUGUCGAUAGAAUUAUACACUGGACUGUGGGGCUACUAGAUGGGGAGUGAUAACAAACAUAUGUAGAUGUCCCCAAGGGCAGUUUUUUGUAUACCUAUUGAUAAAAGCUCAAGCGAUCUGUUGUACACCUAGUGCCGACCCGUAUAACGACCUAAAAGCAAAUGAAAAUGCCAACUUCCCCAAUUUUUAGCUCACGCUGUUUUUCUCCAGUUCCGUAACUGUAAGGAUCGCUUUAGAAU